AUGAUGGUGUCGGCAAUGUCCCGCGCUAGGUGCUGCACGAGCCCCACAAGGGCGACCAGCUCCGACCCCUCGAGUUAUUGGCAGCGUGGCAGUUUCUCCCACAAUGGCCCUGUUCACGUGCGUGCGAUUCGUCGCACGGUACGGCGGAGAUGUCUCCUACAAGGGGACAAGCGUGGCGGCUCCAGAAGGCCGUGCGUCGCACUCUCGCCGUGCAGGGACGUGCAGGACGUUGAGAUGCAUGGUGAAGGGGAAAGCGAGCCGUACCUCAGCCCAACCUCGAGCAAGCGCAUGGGCAUGACCGUGACGUUCCGGGACGUCUCGUACACCGUGAUGGUCAAGAGGAGCCCGAAGACCAUUCUGAAUCAUGUGUCCGGCACUCUCAUCCCAGGCGGCAUGGUCGCGCUCAUGGGCCCUUCCGGCUGCGGAAAGACGACCCUGCUGGACGUCCUCGCGGGGCGGAAGACGACGGGGGACAUUCGCGGACAGAUCCGGUUCGAUGGACGGAAGCCAACGCUCGCCACGCUGCAGAUGCACACGGGGUACGUCGAGCAGCACGACCACCUCCUGAGCGUCCUCACGGUCGAAGAGAUGCUGAUGUACCAGGCGGAGCUGAAGACGAAGCUCUCGGUGCCUCGCGAGAAGAAGGUCGCCGCGGUGCAGGACAUGCUCUCGAUCCUGAACCUCAAGGGUGCUGCAGGGACCAAGAUCGGCAGCGCACUCAGCCGCGGCAUCUCGGGCGGGCAGGCCAAGCGCGUCAAUAUCGGCAUCGCGCUCAUCACGGAGCCGCGCGUGCUCUUCCUGGACGAGCCCACCAGCGGGCUGGACAGCUUCAUGGCCGACGAGGUCGUGCAGUGCGUGCGCCGCCUCGCGUCGUCGGGCGUCACGGUGUGCAGCACGAUCCACUGCCCGAGCGCGUUCGCCUUCGGGCUGUUCGAUCGGCUGCUGCUGCUGAAUCAGGGCAGGGUGAUCUACGACGGCCCGGGCGGUCAGACGGCCAUUUCGUACGUGCGCGGGGUCCCGGCGAAGCUGCCGAAGCAGAUGGCGACGGAGACCGACGUCGAGUGGAUGAUCCGCGUGACGACUGGGAACGCCCCGGAGACGCGCGAGACGGACUUUGCGGGGCUCUGGGAAGGCAGCAAGGAGUCGAGGGCGGUUGCCGAGGCCCUCAACGCGCGCAUGGCAGCGCCCGAGAACGAGAAAAGCGCGCGCGUGACGCGCUUUUCGAGCGCGCAAUCGAUCGUUCAGCGCGCACGGGAGAAUCUGCGGCUAAAGAAGGAGCAGAACAAGCCCGGUACCGUCGUUCCGACCCGGAAAGCGAUGCUGGCCAUGUGGCGAUACCGCGGGCUGAACAACUACAGAACGAAGAACUACGUCGCGCCCCGGUUUGCGCCGAAAGUGGUGAUGGCGAUCAUUGUGUUGACUCUGUUCCUCAACGUCGGACGCGAUGACCUGACGCAGGAAAAGGUCAUCAACAUCGUCGCGGUGAUGUUCAUGUGCAAUGUCCUACAGGCGUUCAGCAGCAUGGCGAUCGCGCCCGUCCUGGUCCAGGAGCGCCCCCUCUUCUAUCGAGAGCGCUCCGACGGCUGCUACACCACGCUGACGUACUGCAUGUACAAGGUGACAGAGGAGAUGCUCAUCGGCGUUGUGGCGGCGCUCCCGUUCUCGCUCCUCGUCUUCUACCCACUCGGGCUGAGCGGCUCCGUCGUGCUGUUCUGGCUGACCCUCUCGGGCGUGCACCACUGCGCGACGGGCUUCUCGCUCAUGGUGGCGUCGGUGUCGCGGUCGCUCGAGGUGGCCACGUCCGUCGUGCCGGGGGUUUACGUCAUCUUCAUGCUGAUGUGCGGCUUCAUGAUCGCCGUCGACGACAUUCCGCCGUACUACUCGUGGAUCCCGCGAAUCAAUUUCGUGGCCUACUCCUGGGGCGGCAUGAUGAAGAACCAGUUCCAGGACAACGACGUCCUUCUGUUUGGGCCCAACCGUGACAAGACUGCACUGCAGUUCUACCAAGUCGACGGCGACUGGUACCCAAGCGCGUGGGCGUGCUGUGCCGUCGUGUGGAGCAUCGGAACCAUACUGGCGAUGAUUGGCACGCUCUCGAUGACCAGGAACAUAUCCGACCGAUGA